AUGGACUUCUUGGUGAUGAGAUGCCAGGCCAUCAUUCUGGUACACUGGCUGCUCACAGUGUGGGGAUGCAUGAAUUACAUGUUUCCAGCCUCCUAUGCCUGGGGAAAUUUCAGUGUCCUUGCAGUGGGGAUCUGGGCCAUUGUGCAGCGAGAUUCCCUUGAUGCCAUCAUGAUGUUCCUGACUGGCCUCCUGCUUACAGUCCUCACAGACAUCAUUCACAUCUCUGUCUUCUACCCUCCAAAGAGUAACUAUCUCAGUGAUGUGAAACGUUUCAGUAUAGGCAUGGCCAUCUUCAGCCUCCUCCUCAAACCUGUGUCCUGCUAUUUGGUGUAUCGAAUGUAUCGGGAGCGUGGAGGAGAGUACACCCUUAACAUAGACCUGAAGUCCUUGUCUGACAGCCAUUUUGCCCCCAAUGAUAUUGAUACCACUGCGCGCUCUCUUAUUCAAUGUGUCACCCGUGCAGGCCGGGAUUGCAGUACCUAUGAGCCAAUUGAUCAGCAGGAUGCCCUUCCACAGUGGUCUGAUUCAAGCAAGACAGCCCAGCAGCCGUACUGAGGCCCUCUCUGCAACGGAGAACAGACGCUUCCCUUGCCCAGCCUAGCCUUCUGCUCUUCCCAUGUCCGUUCUGAUGUAGCAAGACCUGCUACUAAGCAAACAGGAGAGGAUCUGAUUUUUCAUUUCUUUUGCCUCCCUGAAGGUUAGGCAGAUGGGUUCCUGUAGUAAGUCCAGAAGAUCUCGGAGAUGUCAUGUUAAACACUGUGACUUUCUGUAAUCCAAGUACUCUCCUUUCCUCCCUCCUCCUAAAUCCCUCCUCUGUAUGUGUGAGUGGAUGCACCUUCUGGUCUUCCAAGUCUUGUAUUGUGCAUCCUCUUAUUGUAAGUAAGGGAACCACUCAAAAUAUUACUGGACAAACUAUCUUUAAAAGACUUAUGGACUGCCCUUAAACAAUACAGUUUAGCCUGCUUUUAUGCAGAUACAUUUCCAGGAAACAUCUGGGAGUUCCUGAGGGCUGUUUUUGAUGGUGUUAGUUAACUAAGAUUUAUGACCAUAACUCCCUAUGCGAGCUGUGGUGGUUUGCACAAAGCUGGGGUUGGUAUCAAAUGCUCUUACUGGGCCAGGGAGCUGCUUGUGCUCCCAGUAUCUAGUCUUGAAUUUUAAUCACUGAUGCUUUUAUGCAAGUUGAAUGUCCUUCAGGAUCCUUAAAAUGGCUGUUGAAUGUAGGUUAUAGAUACUCUGUGCCUUGAAAUGUCCUUUUGCCUUCAGCUACCUAUCUUAACAGAACUUGAAAUGUUACAUUUUUCUAAGAAAAUUAUAAAAUGAACACAGUUUUGCUGUGUUAGAAAAAGU